AUGGCGGACGAGGAGGGAGCAUCCCCACGCGAACUCAUACUCGAAUCCUGCCGCCGCAACAACACCGAACUUCUCGAAGAGACAAUUGCCAAUCUCGCUUCCGCAGCCUCGAAGAGCGGGAAGGAUGCUACAGAAUACGUUGCCGAGAUACUGAACAAGGCGAGAGAUGGUGUGGGCAACGGGUGCUUGCACUUGGCCGCGAGCUAUGGAAGUUACGAAGUCCUAGACGUCCUCCUCGACCAAGAAGGUCUCGAAAUUGACGAAGUCGACCGCAUGGAAGCCGAUACCCCCCUCCACAAGGCCGUGCGCUACGUCAAUUCGCUCAGCCCCGCCGAAUGGGCCGACGCUGGCCACGCCAUUGUCGAGAUCCUGCUAGAUGCUGGCUGCGACCCGAGGAUACGGAACAAGGCCAAGUUGAAGCCGGUCGAGCUGGUGGAUCCGAGGAAUACGGUGCUCAAGGGGAUUCUGCAGAGGGGCGAGUUUGCGAUGCAGGCGGGUGGAGAUGUGGUUGAGGAGGAUGACGAUGGCGCCGGGGCCAGUGCGAGCGACAGUGAUUAA